UUUAGGGACUGGUGGACAGCGUCGAAACUCUUAGCUCAUUUCAUCGAGGGCUUGUUGUCGAAGGGACGGAGUGUCGGGAGAAAGUUGGGAGAUUUUAACGCCAACAUACCUCGGGGGAAGUUUGGAAGAAGAGGAAACCGAGUAGACACAAGUCGGAGUCUGUGGGGAAGGAAAUGUGUCGACGGUGGCGGACUCGAAAGCCUCUUUGAGGCGCGAAGGGGAGACAAACAUGCGAGCCUCCUUGCUGCUGCUGCUUGUGCUCUGGAGGACUUGUGUGGGCUCCAGCUGUGUGGGCUCCAGCUGUGUGGGCCAGUACUCCAGCGACCAGUGCAGCUGGAAGGGCAGCGGGCUGACUCACGAGGGCCACACCCGGGACGUGGAGCAGGUGUACCUGCGCUGCUCGCAAGGUUCUCUAGAGUGGCUCUACCCUACCGGCGCCAUCAUCGUCAACCUGCGGCCCAACACGCUCUCCCCUGCUAGCGCCCGCCUCACCGUCUGCAUCAAGCCCAGCGCUCACUCCAGCGCCACUAACAUUUAUUUGGACCUGAAUGGGCGGCUACGACUACUGCUGCGCGAGCAGGACCAGGCUAGCAGUAAGGUGCACUGCUUUGGCAUACAAGAGGGGGCGCUGUUUAUCGAGGCCAUCCCACGCACGGAUAUCAGCCGGCGGGUUACGGCGUUCCAGUACGAGCUAACGAGCAACGUGCACGGAGUGGAAGAGCCCUCGCUGGCAGAUCCAUGUCAGCCUUGCAGUGAUGCUGAGGUUCUUCUAGCAGCCUGCACCAAAGACUUUGUGGCGCGGGGCAGCAUCCGGCAGGUGCAGCAGGAAGAAGAGCACUCGUCCGCCAGCGUGGACAUCAGCCGCCUCUACAGACAGAAGACCCAGGUCUUUGUCCCGGGUGGUCCCAGGGUGCGCAGGUGGUCAGGCCACAUCAAGAUGCCCCUGCGAUGUGGCCUCCAGUCCCGGGAGGGCCAGUUCCUCUUCAUGGGGACGGUGCGCUUCGGGGAGGCGUGGAUGGGCUGCGCACCGCCAUACAAGGACUUCCUGCGCCUGUACAGACAGGCGCUGAGUCAGGGGAGCAACCCUUGUCACCUGGACACGGACUGAGUGGUCGCCAUGGUGACCAAGACGACCCCUUGUCACCUGGACACGGACUGAGUGGUCGCCAUGGUGACCAAGACGACCCCUUGUCACCUGGACACGGACUGAGUGGUCGCCAUGGUGACCAAGACGACCCCUUGUCACCUGGAUACGGACUGAGUGGUCGCCAUGGAGACCAGGACGACCCCUUGUCACCUGGAUACAGACUGAGUGGUCGCCAUGGUGACCAGGACGACCCCUUGUCACUUGGACACGGACUGAGUUAGUCUCCAUGGUGACUAAGACAAUCCUUUUUCACCUGGACACAGCUUGAGUGGUCGCCAUGGUGACCAAGACGACCCCUUGUCACCUGGAUACGGACUGAGUGGUCGCCAUGGAGACCAGGACGACCCCUUGUCACCUGGAUACAGACUGAGUGGUCGCCAUGGUGACCAGGACGACCCCUUGUCACUUGGACACGGACUGAGUUAGUCUCCAUGGUGACUAAGACAAUCCUUUUUCACCUGGACACGGACUGAGUGGUCGCCAUGGAGACCAGGACGACCUCUUGUCACCUGGACACAGCCUGAGUGGUCGCCAUGGUGACCAGGACGGAUCUAAAUGUAGCAACCCCCCUUUUUAUGUUUGUGUACAAAAUGAAUGUUGUAUAUUUUGCUUUGUAAAAAGCUCGAUUUACUGUUUAAUUUGUGGUUUGUUUUUUUGUUUUUGUUGAUAAAGAAAAAGUCCCAAAUGUGAAUAAGUAUUGAAUAAAUAAAAGUUGCUUCGACAAGAAUAAGAGAGUGAAAAGUCAUCGCUGACGUCUCAGCUGCAUCUGCCAGCGCAGGAAGUCAUGUCCUCAGCCACUUCCUGUUGUGUUGCGUGCAGGUCAGGUCGGGGUGAAAGGCAUCAUUGUUGCACUUUGGGAUGUGACUGAGCGCUGAAGGCGGUCCUGUGAGCGAGCACGCUCAACAUGCAUCCAGCAACUUCCUGCUCCUCAUUUCACCUGCUUUUUUUGGGGGGGGGGUCAGUGUCUCUCUACCACUUGGACCACCAACACGCUUUUUUUUCUCCCCUGUCCUGAACGCUGACGUCAAUCAGUCAGUCCUGGACCUGCAGGACUGGGAAAGGCAAACAUGGUCUCCAUGGCAACCGCUCCUCACUGGGAACCAUCUCGUGUUGUCUUUGACACGCCGCCCCUCCCUCUGGAAUUUCAACCCUCCGUCCUACUUGGGCUGCGUGUCGGGAGAAAUAGGGAAAUAACUUUAGAAAUUUGUUUCUUUGUGUUUUGUUAGCACAAAAGCAGAGAAGUUCUCACCUUGUGUAAAUAAAUAACAGAAAAUCCUUUCCAA